AAUCAAAUCGCGGUUGUAUUAUUAUCACUGUGUUUGAGGAACCCUGUAAAGAAUCGACAAGAAAACGUUUUUUUUCUUUACCAACCGAUCACACCAAUCUGUUCUGUAUAAGAAAUACUGAAAAUGGAAAAUCCCGAGAGUGCAGAGAUCAGUGUAACUGGUACUUAUGUUGAAGGUGUUGGAGAUGAAGUAGUUGUCGCAUUUUUUACAUUUCUUACAAUUUUCUGCGGCAUUGGCUCACUAGUGUACAAGUGGUUAAAACUCAGCAAUCUGACAGCCAUUCAUCCAGACAGCCAGGAAAAUGUGAAUGCCACGAGAAGCCAGUUAGGAAUCAAUUCUGAUGGUUCAACGGCCACCAGUGAUAUAAGUGAUGGAAAUGAAAGAGAUGAUUUGUUAGCUGGUGAGGGCCACAGAAGUUUCUACAGUGAUCAAAGGUGUCCGAUAUGCUUACAAGAUGCAAGGUGUUCUGUGGAAACUAACUGUGGUCACUUAUUUUGUGGCCAGUGUAUUAUAACUUACUGGAGGUAUGGCAACUGGCUUGGUGCAGUUCAGUGUCCUGUAUGCCGUCAAAUGGUCAGCUUGCUCAUGAGGAACUUCCAACGUAACAGUGACAACGAAGAGACAAGAGAAGUAGAGUCAAAUAUAAAUGAAUACAACCGACGUUUUUCAGGACAACCAAGACCGCUACUGGAUUACCUUUGGGACCUGCCUGCACUUUUGCGACAUUUAUGGAGAGAGUUUUUCUCCGUGGGUGGAUUAGUCAUGAUGUUUCGAGCCCGUAUUUUCCUUUGUUUUGUUGCCGUAUUACUGUACGUCUUAUCCCCAUUAGAUAUUCUGCCUGAGGCGGUGUUGGGGGUCAUUGGAUUUAUUGAUGACAUUUUUAUUUUUCUGCUUGUGUUAGUCUAUGUUACUAUUAUCUAUCGGCAGAUAGUAGCAGAACGGGUGGGAUAAGACAUUUAAUCUGGCAUUCGAACUUGUGCAAUAUGUGUAGGUGCCUGGCAACCAAGAACCAACUUAUUGGUGCAGAUUAGUAUUAUGAACUACACAGCUAUGCCAUUUGCUUUUAUGUGACAUACUUUUAUAUUUUAUUCGUACUUUUCAUUUAAGUUUACUGUUGCCCUUUAUUUCAUGUUUCAUUUCCCAUGCAAGAUCCAAGGAUAUACCGUUGCAUUCAGUGCCUUGUAAUGCGAAUACCACUGAUCCUAUUAUUAGGGAUCCGUAUUUGCAAUUUGCCAUUUAAUACAUUAGUUGCAUUUUCUUUGUUGUAAAGAGUUUUACAAACCUGAGUAAUAACUGUCCAGGAAAUAGAGCUGACACAUGCAUAUUACAUUACUGGUAAAUAUAAAA